CGCAUGAUUUUAGGAACUAUAUGACACAGUGUAAACAAAUAUUACGAAAGUUGAGUCAGACAAUUAGGCUUACGUGUAAUAUAUUUGUUAUUUAAGUCGAACAGAAUCGUAUAGCUGAUCAAUAUCGUCUAUCUCAAAGAACAAUAUCGUUUAAAUGCCCAGUAGCUCAAGUAGGCCUGUACAUAUUAUCCCUAGACUACAGACCAACAAAUUCUAUCUAAAAUUUCCAAAAAUUCAGCUCCAGGUGUCUGCAAAUUUGCCAUUGCUACAUUUCACACACAAAUUCAUAAGGAAAUAUAAUUAAAAAACAGUUCAUAUAUCGGUAAGAGAAUCAGUACAACACAUCAUAAUGGAAUUCAUCAGCAUUGCUAUAUUUGGUGGGAUUGUUUUCCUAAUCUGGUACUUCUGUGGUGGGUCAAGUAACCAGUCUAAAAGAGCAACAGAUAAAAACAAUAGCAGCACAAAUAAACUGUAUCCAGAUUUGUCAAAUCUACAGAAGAGCAAAGCAAGUAUGCAACAAAACAGUAUAUGGAACAUGUUUGGUGGUGGAGGAUCCGAUUAUAAUGCCAUUCUGGACAAGUUUUCUUCCCUGGAGGAAGUACAAAAUGCCAUUAGGCAAGCAGGAUUAGAAUCAUGUAAUUUGAUUUUUGGAAUAGAUUUUACUGUCAGCAACUUACAUCAAGGCCGUAUUACUUUUGGGGGUAACAGCCUACAUGCAAUUGAACCAAGAUUUAUGAACCCUUAUCAACAGGUAAUCUGUAUCCUUGGAGAAACCUUAGAACCAUUUGAUGAUGAUGGUAUCAUUCCUGCCUUUGGAUUUGGGGAUGCUUCUACAAAAGAUAGAUCAGUCUUCUCAUUCAGGUCUCAGGGGUACUGUAAUGGUUUCCAUGAUGUUUUAAAUGCUUAUAAUGAACUAACACCUAAUGUAAGGUUGAGUGGACCUACUAGUUUUGCUCCAUUGAUACGUCAGGCUAUAGAUACAGUGAAAAAAACUAAAUCAUAUCACAUACUUGUGAUAGUGGCAGAUGGACAAGUGACAAAUGAAAGGGAGACAAUAGAUGCAAUCGUUGAAGCUUCAAGAUGGCCGUUAUCAAUCGUAAUGGUUGGUGUAGGAGAUGGACCCUGGGAAACUAUGGAAGAAUUUGAUGACAGAAUCCCAGCACGAAAGUUUGACAAUUUUCAAUUUGUAGAAUUUCACAAAAUAAUGUCUACAGCUAGAAACCCUCAAGCUGCAUUUGCUCUACAUGCUUUAAUGGAGAUUCCAGAUCAAUAUAAACUCGUCAAAAAGCAUGGUCUUUUAAAUUUUUGAUCAUGUCUAGAUUUUUUAUGAGACAAGAAUGAUGAAAUAUGUUUAUCAUGUGUUUUAAUGGUAUCUGAAAGUCUAAUGGACAGAAUCAAAAAUACAUUGCUAUCACUUCUUUGUUAGUGAAAGUUAGAAAGAUGUGAAAGAAUGAGUGAUACAAAUGUUUAUCAUGCUUAUAGUGAUGUUAAUAAGUUCAUAUAUUGGAAAACAGUGCAAUGUGUUGGGUAACCAGGAAUGCACUAGACUUGUCCCCAGUUCCAAUCUUUGCUACCUGUUAUGAGUGUCAGAAUGAGUAGAAUUAGUUAAGGAAUUUUGAGCCUUGAAUCUUUCUUGCUUUGGGAGAUAUAAACAAAAUUGAGAUGGAAUGGAUUGUAAAAAUGUUCAUGGAAAUCAGUAAAAAUUGGUUGUUUAUUUAGAAUAUUUUCAUUUUUUAUUGGAAUUGACCUGAAUUUAUCAAUUUUAACCAAAUUAAUGUUAUCUAUAUGGUCCAAUGAAAUUAUUAAGAAUAAUGCUGACCACAAAAAGAUAUUUCUUAAAUACUGUAAACCAAAUUAUUUUCCAUUACACUUUUUAUUUUGUUAACCCUUUGUAACAGAUUUGCGUCAAAAGAUCUAUAUGAUUUUAUAAAUAAGAGAAGAUCCAAGUUAUUCAUAACAAUUUAUACUUUUGCUAUUUUUUUACAUGGGGAAAGUCCACAAAAAAUGAUUGGUUAUGAAAAUUGGUUGUUUUACUGUAAAUUAAUCUUAAUCAUGUCUUGUGUUUGUGUUAUGUUUGUCAGAAAUUGGUCUCUACAUUAAUAUUUAACCUCAAAAUGACAAUGACAAAUAUUUUUUUAACAUACAUGUUUUAUAUGAAUUUAACUUUUGUAUGUGAUGAAAACUAAAUAUUUUUAUAUGAUAGUGGUAUUUUUUAAAACUUUAAGACCACUUUUUUUGUUAAUCUUUUCAAAAUCAUGCCUAAAUUUGUCAUUUUGCUGAUUACAAAUCAGUGCUUAAUUUAAGAUCAAAAUGUAAAUUGAAAGAUGUUCAGUUUUUGUUAUGCUUUUAGAUACUCCACUAAUUUUGAAAAAAUAGUAUAGAAGUUGAUCAAAUUUCAUUUCUGGUGAAACAGUUUUUAUAAAGUUUCAGCCCUUCAGAAAUUAACCCAAACUUAUAUAGUUUGUCCUUAACCUCAUAUCAUUAUUCAAGAAUUUAAAAACAAAAAUUUUGUCAUAUAUCAUUAAUUAGAAAUAGAAAUACCACCAACAUAGUAUUUACUUAAAGCUUAACUCAAACCUCGCCCAUCUCACUGGACCACUUAUUUGGACCUCAUCCCCAUUGCUGCAUAAAUACCUACAUUUUCAUUAUAUUGAGAGAGAUGUAUCAGUUAUAUUUUUGUGCGCCUGUUGUAAACUAUACAUGCUGCUAUGGCACUCUGACUUUUCCCCCAUAAAACAUUAUUUUCAUAUGUCAGUGGUUCACUGAAGGUUUCUUUUUUAUGUGCUUAAAAGAAACCAUUUGAUAACAGACACAAUUUCAUUUGUCUCAAUGUUCUGAGAUUAAAAUCUACAAUUUCCAAACCAUUUGUUGUCUUUUUGUUUGUUGUUUAAAUAUAUUUGAUGUAUCAUAUUUGUUUUUGUUAUUCCACAUUCCAGUUGGAAAAUUUUAGGAAAAUAUACAAAAUGAUUUUAUUUUCUUAAAGUGUCUACUUUAAAAUAGAACACAGCAACACAAUUAAAUUGUUAAGUCUUUAAAAUGACAUCAAAUUAUUAAAGCAGAAUUAUCUUUUUUGUUUCAAAAAUAAGCUAAUUGUAGGAAUUUUGGCAUACAUUAACACAGAGCACAAUUGUCGUCCAAAAUAUUUUUUUGCCAAUGAAUAAAUAAAAAUAAAAUACACUUAAUGUUUUAAUGUUUUUUGGGCGAUUAUCGUGCUUUAUAUUAUUUUUUAAACAUAUAUAAGUCAUAUAAUUGAGAUUUAGCUUAAUUUCAAUAUUAUAUUGAAUUUUCUGUCAUUUUAUGGUUAUAUAACUCAUGUAAAGGGUAUAUAUUUUAAUAAAAUUAGCCUUAUUUGAUCAUAAUCAUGCAUUCAACAUUUAAUGUUAAAAUCUCAGGAAGUUUCUUAUUUCUUUGAUUUAAGCCACAAGCAAAGUUGUCCUUUGGUUGUAUGCCAAUCAUAUGAAUUAUACGUUCCUUUGGUUAUAUGCUGAUCAUAUGAAUUAAAAGUAUUCCAUUUAAGAUAUUUUAACCAGUUAUCUGUUUAAUAAUGAAAUAAUGUUAUAUGUUUAUAAAAAGUUUGCUAAUCAACUGUUAAAUAAAUAUAUUUUGAAAAUAAAAGUUUUAAAUUAC